AUGGGAGGCAGAAGAUUGAAAAGCAGAGAAACCAUGGCCGUUGAAUCGGUGACGCCGUCGCCAUCUCCUCCGAGAUCGGAAGGAAAAACCACUUUACUACAAAACCCCAAGAUACCCUUCGCACUCGCUCUUCUCUUCGCCGACGCCCUCCUCGUCAUUCUCAUAAUCGCGUUUGUCCCUUAUACGAAGAUAGAUUGGGAUGCUUACAUGUCACAGGUUAGCGGGUUUCUCCAAGGGGAGAGAGACUUCCGCAACCUCAAAGGCGACACUGGUCCUCUCGUCUACCCGGCUGGAUUUCUCUACAUUUACUCUGCAUUUCAGUAUCUUACCCAAGGACAAGUUUACCCUGCUCAGAUUCUGUUCGGUGUGUUGUAUGUCAUUAACUUAGCAAUUGUUCUCGCCAUCUUUGUCAAAACCGAUGUGGUUCCUUGGUGGGCCCUGUGCUUACUUUCUCUGUCCAAAAGAGUUCAUUCUAUCUUCGUCCUUCGUCUGUUUAAUGACUGUGUGGCCAUGACACUUCUUCAUGCUGCAUUGCUCUUACUUGUGCAUCGAAGGUGGAAUCUUGGGUUGAUUGUGUUUAGUGGAGCUGUUUCUGUCAAGAUGAAUGUGCUUCUUUAUGCUCCACCUUUACUGCUCCUCCUGUUGAAGGCUAUGGAUAUCAACGGCGUGUUAUUGGCAUUAGCUGGGGCAGCAGUCGUUCAGAUAUUAGUGGGCCUUCCAUUCCUGGUUUCAUAUCCACUUGCGUACAUAUCAAGCGCCUUCAAUCUUGGCCGUGUCUUCAUCCAUUUCUGGUCUGUUAACUUCAAAUUCAUCCCUGAGCCAGUAUUUGUGUCCAAGGGAUUUGCAAUCUUUUUGUUGGCAGCUCACCUCAUAUUACUUGCUUCAUUUGCGCAUUAUAGUUGGUGCAAACAUGAAGGAGGACUUUGCAACUUUCUGCAUUCCAGAUAUGUCUUUAUGAGAAUGAGGUUUGCAAUUUUCUUCUCUUCCUCAUUUUCUCAGAAGGUUGGCAAGAGCAGUUCAUCAUCCCUUCAGAUCCUUAAUAAAGAACAUAUUGUGACAACUAUGUUUGUUGGGAACUUCAUUGGCAUUGUAUGUGCUCGGUCAUUGCAUUAUCAGUUCUAUUCUUGGUACUUCUAUAGUUUACCUUACUUGUUGUGGAGAACGCACUACCCAACAUUGUUGCGUUUGAUUUUGUUCAUGGGAGUGGAGCUGUGCUGGAAUAUCUAUCCUUCGAACAGCCUUUCUUCAGCGUUACUUCUCUGCCUUCACUUAAUUAUUCUCUGGGGUUUAUGGUCUGCUCCACCCGAGUAUCCUUAUGAACAAAAUAGGCCAUCCUCUCGUAAAAACAAAUAG